CGUUUCAUCACUCCCCUAAUUCAUCAGUACUUCAAAGAUCUUUCCUCAUAAAUUCGCUAUAGAUAUCUUCAUAAAACCGCUCUGAUACUUGCUAGUUACAAGGACGUUGAAUCGUUUGUUUCCGAUUGCUUUCUUUACGCCGUUGGAUCAUAAUUCAAGGUUUUUAGGUGGUAUUACCAGACAUGAAUCCUGACAAAUUCACCCACAAGACAAAUGAAGCGUUGGCUUCAGGUCAUGAACUCGCAAUGGAUGCUGGACAUGCACAAUUUACACCGCUACAUAUUGCUGCUGCUUUAAUCUCCGACCGUAAUGGCAUAUUCCGGCAAGCAAUGAACAAUGCCGGCGGUGAAGAGGCAGGUAAUUCGGCCGAGAGGGUUUUCAAUCAAGCAUUGAAGAAACUCCCGUCGCAGUCCCCUGCUCCUGAUGAAGUCCCAGCAAGUACUUCUCUAAUCAAGACCAUUCGUCGUGCCCAAUCUUUACAAAAAUCCCGCGGCGACACCCAUUUGGCAGUGGAUCAAUUGAUUUUGGGUCUUCUUGAAGAUUCCCAAAUCGGUGUUCUUUUGAAGGAAGCUGGAGUUGGUACAUCACGGGUGAAAGGUGAGGUAGAAAAGCUUCGAGGUAAAGAGGGAAAGAAGGUUGAAAGUGCUUCCGGAGAUACUAAUUUUCAGGCUCUCAAAACCUACGGUCGUGAUCUUGUGGAGCAAGCUGGGAAGCUUGAUCCUGUAAUUGGACGAGAUGAGGAAAUUAGAAGAGUGAUUAGGAUUCUAUCGAGAAGGACCAAGAACAAUCCUGUUCUUAUUGGGGAACCUGGAGUGGGCAAAACAGCAGUUGUUGAAGGAUUAGCUCAGAGGAUUUUGAGAGGUGAUGUUCCAAGUAACCUUGCUGAGGUUCGAGUUAUUGCAUUGGAUAUGGGGGCAUUGAUCGCCGGUGCUAAGUAUAGAGGGGAGUUCGAGGAGAGGCUGAAAGCAGUUUUGAAAGAGGUUGAAGAUGCUCAAGGGAAGGUGAUAUUAUUCAUAGAUGAAAUCCAUCUUGUACUUGGGGCUGGUCGAACCGAGGGUUCGAUGGAUGCUGCUAAUCUUUUCAAGCCUAUGCUGGCUAGAGGUCAACUCCGGUGCAUUGGUGCAACUACUUUGGAGGAAUACCGAAAGUAUGUGGAGAAAGACGCAGCCUUCGAGAGGCGAUUUCAACAGGUUUUGGUGGCUGAACCUAGUGUUCCUGACACCGUAAGUAUUCUUAGAGGAUUAAAAGAGAGGUAUGAAGGCCAUCAUGGUGUUCGAAUUCUUGAUCGUGCUCUUGUGGUUGCUGCUCAACUUUCGAGUCGAUACAUAACUGCACGUUUCUUGCCCGAUAAGGCUAUUGAUCUUGUGGAUGAAGCAUGCGCAAAUGUUAGAGUACAACUUGAUAGCCAACCCGAAGAAAUCGAUAACCUUGAGAGGAAGAGAAUGCAGUUAGAGGUUGAACUUCAUGCCUUGGAGAAGGAAAAAGACAAAGCAAGCAAAGCUCGGCUUGUUGAAGUGAAGAAAGAGCUUGAUAAUUUGAGGGAUAAACUUCAGCCAUUGAUGAUGAAAUACAAAAAAGAAAAAGAAAGGAUCGAUGAAAUCCGCAGGCUGAAACAGAAAAGGGAAGAGCUUUUGGUGGCACUCCAAGAAGCAGAAAGAAGAUAUGAUUUGGCUAGAGCUGCAGACUUGAAAUUUGGAGCAGUUCAAGAAGUGGAGACUGCUAUAGCAAGGCUUGAAGGUACUACGGAUGAGAAUGUUAUGCUGACGGAGACGGUGGGACCUGAUCAGAUUGCCGAGGUGGUGAGUCGAUGGACCGGCAUACCGGUUACCAGGCUCGGGACCAACGAGAAGGAGAGGCUUAUUGGGCUAGCCGAUAGGUUGCAUGUGCGGGUUGUAGGCCAAGAUCAGGCAGUUGGUGCUGUGUCUGAGGCAGUGCUGAGGUCUCGAGCUGGUUUGGGGAGAGCUCAGCAGCCAACUGGCUCGUUCCUCUUCUUGGGCCCCACGGGUGUUGGGAAGACAGAGCUUGCCAAGGCUCUUGCUGAGCAGCUAUUUGAUGAUGAAAAGCUUAUGAUCAGAAUCGAUAUGUCCGAGUAUAUGGAGCAGCAUUCGGUGGCCCGCUUAAUCGGUGCUCCACCGGGGUAUGUCGGUCAUGAAGAAGGUGGUCAGCUCACUGAAGCUGUGAGGAGAAGACCUUACAGUGUUGUAUUGUUCGAUGAAGUAGAGAAAGCUCAUCAAUCGGUAUUCAAUACGCUGCUUCAAAUGUUGGAUGAUGGAAGGUUGACCGACGGCCAAGGUCGUACCGUUGACUUCACAAACACUGUCAUUAUUAUGACCUCCAAUCUCGGGGCGGAAUAUCUGUUAAAGGGGUUAUCUGGGAAGACGACAAUGGACAGUGCUCGUGAAAUGGUGAUGCAAGAGGUGAGGCGGCAUUUCAAACCAGAGUUGCUAAACAGGCUGGAUGAGAUUGUGGUUUUCGAUCCCCUUUCUCAUGAGCAGUUGAGAAAAGUUGCUAGACUUCAGUUGAAAGAUGUGGCCAUCCGCCUUGCAGAAAGGGGUGUUGCUUUGGGGGUUACAGAAGCAGCAUUAGAUGUUAUACUUAACGAGAGUUAUGAUCCGGUGUAUGGAGCGAGGCCAAUUCGGAGAUGGUUGGAGAGGAGGGUGGUGACGGAGCUAUCAAAGAUGUUGAUCAGAGAAGAAAUCGACGAGAACUCAACUGUGUACAUAGAUGCGGGCGCGAAUGGGGAAGAACUGAGUUACAGGACGGAGAAGAAUGGUGGAGUGGUGAAUGCUGCAACAGGGCAGAAGUCUGAUAUUCUUAUACAAGUGCCGGCAAAUGGGGAAGCUCGCAGUGAUGCUGCACAAGCUGUCAAGAGGAUGAAGAUUGAGGAGGUAGAUGAUGAUGAUGAGAUGGAUGAAUGAAUAAGGAAGAUAUUCACAUAUAAAUGAAAUGUAAAUACAUGAGAGUUUUGAGAUGCAAGCUGAAGGUUUGACUAGUUGUGUGUUGGUUCAAGGACUUGUUCAACAUUGGUUGGUGUAAUGAAUUCAAGUCUACAAUAAACCCCUUAGCCAUUUAUGUA